CAGCAGACACAGCCAUGGAGAGGUGGAGAGCGGUCUGAUUUUCUUUGUUAUUUUUAAAGUGUCGCCGCUCUAUGGAACUAUGUCGCUAUUCGCCUUGACUUGCGCGUCUUCAAGGCAUCAAGGAUACUCCCACGGGUGCGUCUUUGCUGUGGCCUAAGUGGUGGAGAGGAGCAUAUCUUUGUGCCUAGGUGGCGCUGUGGGGACGCGGGUGUUGGAUGCUGUGACUAUGAGCAUCAUCCCCUCCUUCUCAGUGGACCUUGGAGGUAGCUUCACUGAGGACGCCCCCAGACCCCCCGUCCCAGGAGAGGAGGGGGAGCUGGUGUGGAACGAUGGCAGACAACAGAGCAACCCCAUUUUUUCCUCCAAAAACGAGAGCCUUAAAUGUGACGCCUCUGUGGCCACUCCCCGGCGCCCAGACCUCGAUUUGGGCUAUGAACCGGAAGGCAGUGCCUCGCCAACACCACCUUACCUGAAGUGGGCGGAGUCUCUGCACUCCCUCCUGGACGACGAAGACGGGAUCAAUCUGUUUCGAAUGUUUCUGAGGCAGGAGGAGUGUGCGGACAUGUUGGAUUUUUGGUUUGCGUGCAGCGGCUUCCGUAAACUUGAAACUAGCGAGGAUUAUGAAGAAAAGAAAGUGAAAACAGCUAAAGUAAUUUAUAAGAAAUACAUAUUAGACAACAGUGGGAUAGUCUCCAGGCAGAUUAAACCAGCCACUAAGUCCUUUAUCAAAGACUGUGUUCUGAAACAUCACAUUGACCCUGCCAUGUUUGACCAGGCCCAAACAGAGAUCCAAGCAAUGAUCGAAGAAAACACAUAUCCCUUAUUCCUCAAAUCGGACUUAUACUUAGAGUACACACGAACUGGCGGAGAAAGCCCAAAGCCAACCAGCGACCAAAACUCUCUAAUAGAUGUGAUAGAGACACCGCAUGUUGCCAGACCGCAGGAUGGGAAGGAGAGCAGGCCUCCUCCAUCAUGUCCAGAGCCAGUGAACCUGUGCUUUGUGAACCCUGCUCAGGCUCCUGUCACCAGCGCCAACGACAGCGAGCAGCAGAGUUUGUCCAGUGAUGCAGAUACGCUCUCACUCACCGACAGCAGUCUAGAUGGAGUGCCGCCCUACAGAUACAGAAAGCAGCAUCGACGAGAGAUUGUGGAUAGUGUCAAAGCCAAUGGUCGCGUGCCACUUCCUCACAUCCCACGCCCAAAUCGGAUUCUUAAGGAUAUCCACGUGGAUCCGGAGCGGUUUGCGGCAGAACUCAUCAGCAAACUGGAGGGAGUUCUGAAGGAGAGAGAGGCAGAGGAGAGGCUGGGCGAGUGGCUCCAGAGGGUUGGAUUGGAGGAAGAUGGAGAUGAAGCAAACCCAGUCACUUCCAUACCUGGUUAUAGGCCUCCCCCUGGUGGUCACUUGCACAGUUACAACCCUCACUGCACAGACAUCUACACUGGUCCUUUCCUCAGAGACGCUCACGAGGAGAAUCCAGAGUCGAUCCUGGAUGACCACGUGCAGCGCGUCAUGAAGAGCCCCGGGGGACCGUCUCCAGGCAACAGGCACUCGCCCACAUCCCGCUCCCCAGACGGCCUCCCCUCAGUUGGCAGACACAUGGGCUCAGCAGGGUGCAGUGUGCAGGGUAAACAUGCACAGAGACACACAGGGAAGCAUCACCUCCAUCACGGUUCCAGUGGGAAGCCUCGAGAGCAGCUGGAGGCCGAGGCCAGAGUUCACCUCCACUGGGGCGCGGACGGCCAUUAUGGAUCCAGACCCCGCACCUGUGCGGACACUAUGGGAUACAGCACUAACCAGGAGAACACAGGCUACAGUGGCAGAGGAGGCCCGUGUAAAAGAGGAUGUAAGAGGAGUGAGGAGGUGCGUCCAUACGAGUCUCCAGGCCUGGUGGAGGAUGUGGAGAAGAACCAGAAGAUCCUGCUCUGGUUAAUGGACGGACAGAAAGAGGUGGUGCGGCACAAAAGGAGUCCAUACGGGAGCAUGACAGGUUGUAAAAAGGCCACAGGGCAUGAGGGACUACAUCUGUGCUCAAAGGACCGCUCCGGCGCAGGACAUCCAACCCGAAACAACAUCCAACCAUCCCACCCAUUCAUCCAGGACCCCACCAUGCCCCCCAACCCCGCCCCCAACCCUCUCACCCAGCUGGAGGAGGUGUGCCGGCGACUCGAGGAGGAGAACAUCAAGAGUGGAGCAGUGCAGCCCAAGCAAAGGUAUGUGAUGGAGGUGAUCCAAAGGGGGCGCUCUGCAGUCCGGCCAACACAAUGUCCUCCUGUGAAUGUGGUACCAGCUGUUUCAGACAGUGAGCUUUCUGAGUCUGAACACAGAGCCAGUAAAAAGCAGCCGGGUGAUAAAAUGACAGUGGCGUAUUACUUGUGCGAGGAGCCCAUCCCGUAUACGACCAGCGUGGAGCGAGGCCGGGUCGUGACGCUCGGACAGUUCAAGGAGCUGCUCACAAAGAAAGGAAACUACAGGUACUAUUUCAAGAAGGUCAGUGAUGAGUUCGACUGUGGAGUGGUGUUUGAAGAGGUGCGUGAAGAUGAUGCGGUUUUGCCCAUUUUUGAAGAAAAGAUCAUCGGGAAAGUGGAGAAGAUUUACUCAAGUGUGAGUUGAUAAGAGGAGGACUGUGUGUGGAGCUGUGGAAACAGGAAGUGCUGAGAUGAAUGCAACAGCAGGUGAUUAAACGGCAUCAUUAAAAGACUUUUUAAGUGCAAAAGAAUUGUACAGUUUAGUAGUCAAACUAAAAGAGCUACUUAUUUUUGUAUGAAGGGUGUGUUCUUUCUAAGAAUCUCUUUGUAUGUGUAUUGUUACCAGAUGUGUACAGAUUGUGUUAAAAGAAGCAAAUUUUAUAUCUAUUUAAAUAUUUCAGUGUUUUGUUUUUUUAUUAUUAUGAUUUAAAAGCAGGAUUGUUUCCCUUGCUGAAGAUGAGCUCUAGGGCUGUUUAUGUAACAGCCUCAUGAACUCAGUUGUAGCUUUCCAAACUACAUUUACCACUACUUACGUUGUGGCUUCAAGCCAACUGCACUUACGUCAUAACCACUGUAUCCUUUAGUUUUUGUUUUUGCGAUACAGCUGUCUAGUGUAGAGAUAGACCAAUAUACUGGUUGGCCAAUAGACUGGACUGAUAUUUUUCUUGUAGAGGAUAUCAGGUAUCGACGUUAAGCCUCCAGCAUAGGCCCAUAUUUAGUUUGGGGGAACCACCAGAAUAAAUUAAACAAAAAUGUGUGUUAAAGCAAGGGGAUGCUGCAUUGAAUGUGGAAUUCUUAAGCUUUGUGUUUGUAGAACAGAUACUAAUUUCUUAUCAUAUAAUUGUGAGAAAAUGACUCGUAGUUAACAGCACUAAAAUAUUUGCAGCACUUAUUGACCAUUCCUCUGAAUACUAAAAAUAGGUCCUGGGAUCAGCAAUAAAAACAUAUUGGUCUAGUCUAAAGUCCAAUUAUCUCUUAAUUUUACACAUUAAUUUAUAUAAAUAUUCCCACUUUACUGUAACUGAGUUUGCAUCUUUCAUCUUUAAAUUUGUUGCUGUAAUCACAAAUAUUCUUUAAAUUUGGUAACAUGUACAUUUUCUGGUGUAAAUUUAAAUUUUGGUAUCUAAUUUAACAUUUUGCCUUUAGCACUAAGAAACACUGAAAUGCUAAUACUUGAAGGGAAGUGCCCGAUCGCUUAGCUUCCACAUCUUUGAGAUGUAAUGAGGGCUUUUCUGAAAUGUGACAAUCAUGUUUACAGUUCAUUCAAGUGUAUUACCUGGCCCUUAAUGAUCUAUUGUUCACAGUGAAACAUCCUCUGUAUCUUAGCUCUGUAUGAGCGAUAGUUUGGCCCUCACUGUAUCAAUGAGCAAUCUGUAGUGCUUUAUAUCAAUUCUUUUAUGUGUGGGGUGUAUAAAAACUAAAAUAAUCAAUUGUAAUGUUGAUUUGGUCACAUUUCCACGGGAGCCCAGUGCACCAUCUUGAUUUGUUUUUGUUGUUUUGUUGAGUUUUUGAUACACUGAUAUGUUUGGUUGGUCAGUAGGAAAAUUAUCAUUUAGAAAUUGCCAUGAACAUGUGAGACCAGAAGCUUCAAUAUGGAAUAUACUGAGACAUCUAUGCUGUCUUGCUAGGGUAUCUAGGAGUUGACCAGUUACCAAAGAUAUGAAAGCUCUGUAAAAUUUGAAUUACCAUUAUGGAGGAAUAUUAUUUUGUUUCUACCAUUAAUAAGCGAUCAGAAAGAGAUGAACGGUGAAUAUAACUAAACCAGGACGUACAUCAAAAUUUAGGUACAUUCUGUAACUUUUCUGGUGGUGGGUAGAGCUGCUUAAUGGCAGAGUAAUGAAAUAUCCAUAGAAACAAGCAGGUGUCAGACCCUCCACCAGAACAGUUACGCAGUGCACCUUUAACCAGGGUUAAAUCCUAACAGAACCAUGAUUUUGGCAGUAAACAAUUCUCAAUACCAUUACAUUGUGAUUUUGUUAGCUCAUAUUACAUUUAUAAUUACAUUCAUUUUCCAUGAAUUAGACAGGUUGAUGUUUAAUGUGAAAUGCAUAAAGUAAGUAUGAGUAGUAUUUUAUUUUGUGAGGCAAAAUAAAGCUCAGUAAUGCACUUAUAAAAUGGAGGAAUGCUGUUUCAACAUUAAAAAUAUAUAUUAGCAUAACACAGAUCAACAUCCAAGUCAACAGGCCAUACUGAAGACAUUCAAGGCUGCAGUCAUUUCUCUGUGGGGACAUUGUGCUUCAAUAGCCCCAGUGAUUAUAGCCUGUUGCACAACUGGACCUUGGACAUUUUCUUCUCUAUUCAGACUGAGCACCUUUUAAAGAUCUAUUUAUUUACAUUGUUUAUUGAUUACGUUGACAUCUAUAAAUUUAAUAUAUUGUAAUGUUACUUUAUUUAUCUUGUCAAAUAUGAAUGUUUUGCAUCAUUUUUCUGCAGAAGCCCUCAGUUGUUAAAGGUUGUGUUGUGUAUAAACAAGAGUGCCUUUAUUACUGUGUUCAUGACAUUUUUGAACAUAUUAACAAAGUCUAGCCUUACAUCGCUACUCUGCUUUUACGUGUUUUGUUUAAAUCUCUUCCAUGUUUUAUGUAAAUAUGUAAAACUUGAAUUGUCAUCAACCAGCACAUUCAAAAACUGGACCUGAUUCAGCCGACAAACUAGCAUGGCUACCACUGAAAGGUACUGGACAAUAAAUACAUGCAAUAAA